CUUUGGGACACUUCGCACAGUUUACGUUGCCGACCCUACACUUGUGGAGCAGCUCCUGCGACAAGAAAGUCACUGUCCAGAGCGCUGUAGUUUCUCAUCAUGGGCAGAGCACCGUCGCCGCCACCAGCGUGCUUGCGGAUUGCUAACGGCGUGAGUCGACCCCUGAGCACCUUAUUCCUGCCCCGACUCCCACAGCCAAGUUGGGCUUGGAGGGAGGUCGGAAGUUUCCACCAAUCUUCUGGCAUUUCCCCGGUUCUCCAGUCUGUACUCCAGUCCGAACGCAGGGAUGGUGAAGAAUGGCAGAGGCUCCGAAGUCUUCUGGCCCCGCUCCUCCUCCGGCCACAAGCAGCCGCGGGCUAUGCUGGAACUCUGGACAACGUGGUCCGUGACCUUGUGCGACGACUAAGGCGCCAGCGGGGACGUGGCUCUGGGCUACCCGGCCUAGUUCUGGACGUGGCAGGAGAGUUUUACAAAUUUGGCCUAGAAAGUAUAGGCGCGGUGCUGCUGGGAUCGCGCCUGGGCUGCCUAGAGGCUGAAGUCCCUCCUGACACAGAAACCUUCAUACAUGCAGUGGGCUCAGUGUUUGUGUCUACACUCUUGACCAUGGCGAUGCCCAACUGGUUGCACCACCUUAUACCUGGACCCUGGGCCCGCCUCUGCCGAGACUGGGAUCAGAUGUUUGCCUUUGCCCAGAGGCACGUGGAGCUGCGAGAAGGUGAAGCUGCGAUGAGGAACCAGGGAAAGCCUGAGGAGGAUAUGCCGUCUGGGCAUCACUUAACCCACUUCCUUUUUCGGGAAAAGGUGUCUGUCCAGUCCAUAGUGGGGAAUGUGACAGAGCUACUACUGGCUGGAGUGGACACGGUAUCCAAUACGCUCUCCUGGACACUCUAUGAGCUUUCCCGGCACCCCGAUGUCCAGACUGCACUCCACUCUGAGAUCACAGCUGGGACCCGUGGCUCCUGUGCCCACCCCCAUGGCACUGCUCUGUCCCAGCUGCCCCUGUUAAAGGCUGUGAUCAAAGAAGUGUUGAGAUUGUACCCUGUGGUACCUGGGAAUUCCCGUGUCCCAGACAGAGACAUCCGUGUAGGAAACUAUGUAAUUCCCCAAGAUACGCUAGUCUCCCUAUGUCACUAUGCCACUUCAAGGGACCCCACACAGUUUCCAGACCCCAACUCUUUUAAUCCAGCUCGCUGGCUGGGGGAGGGUCCGACCCCCCACCCAUUUGCAUCUCUUCCCUUCGGCUUUGGCAAACGGAGCUGCAUCGGGAGACGCUUGGCAGAGCUUGAGCUACAAAUGGCUUUGUCCCAGAUCUUGACCCAUUUUGAAGUGCUACCUGAGCCAGGUGCUCUUCCUAUCAAGCCCAUGACCCGGACUGUCCUGGUCCCUGAGAGGAGCAUCAAUCUACAGUUUGUAGAUAGAUAACCAUUCGGAAGACAGCCAACAUCGUCUCUCUCAAGACAGGAUGGGGUCUUUGUUAUACACAAGAGGCACACUCUCCUUGGAGGCCUGUCUGACCGAGCAAACUCCAGGAAGCAGGUCCUGACCUAUGUGUACUUGGCCUGACUCAGCAGGCAUCGCAGAACCACCAUCUUUCUCCUUCCUGCUCAGUGCCUCUCCUGAUCAUUCCUCAGGAUCCAAUGCCUUCAGAUUUUAACACAUCCUUAAAGUGCCAACGCAGGGGUUAACUACCAACUCCAGGCAGCCUGGGGAGGGAUUCGCCCCUGAUCCUGUAGUGUUCGUUGAUGCUCUGUCUAAGCAUUUAUCACGGCACAAGCUAAGUGAUUGCAUCUGGUCUGCACCUGGCUGCAUCUCUACCUGACCAUGUGUGCCUUCUGAGAAGAGUAAUGACUAGUCUACUGGGCUUUUAGCUCUUUUUCUUUUUGAGACAGAGUCUUGCUAUGUAUUCCAUGCUGUCCUUGAACUCACAACCUCCUUGCCUCACCUUCCCAAGUAUUGGGUUACAGACUUGAGCUACCACUUCCAGCUGUAUCAGUCUUUCUAUCUCCUGCCAGAGUCUAUCCCUGGCUAUUCAGCACCAUACAUUCUCAGACUGAACCUGGACCAUGUGGCAGGAUCGUCCACUCACCAGGCUCUGCCCACCCUUUUCUCUCUUAAUCUUUCCUCUAGGGAAGUAAAUCUGCCCUUGCCUAAUUUACAGCGUUUUUAAGCCUCCGCUACCUUGGUUCUUCAGCCACUCUCAAGUGGAUCCACUUCUUAUCAUCCAUCUUUUGGCCUGCCCCUCCUCCAGCCUGUCUUUUUUAUAUUAAAAAUUUUAUAUAUAUUACGUCUUAAAAUGUUUACUCCUUGGCUUUGGGUUUACUCCCCUCACCUUACCCCCCGCCAUGCCUGGCAAGAUCCGGAGCCCCAUCACCCACCUUGGCUUCUCUCAGCUCCUGGGAGCAACUCCCAUAACAAUGGGAGGUCUGGAUGAUCCAUUCGAAAGAGUGUUUUGUGACAGACCCAGACAUGUUUCUAUCUGCAGUGGGAACAGCCAAGUCUCGUCUGGCUUUCUAGUGGAGAUUUAAGGGGGUGAACAGCGAGUGUAGGAGCUAAGUUGUAAAAUGGGUCUGAGCGCUUAGGGUUUUUCAGAGAUGACCAGAGGGGGCUCGACUCUUGGUGAAAGAAGAGCUUUUAGAACCUGGACAGCGCAUGCUUUUAAUCCCAGCACUUGAGAGGCAGAAGCAGGAGGAUUUCUGAGUUCGAGGCCAUGGUCUACAGAGUGAGUUCCAGGACAGCCAAGGAUACACAGAGAAACCCUGUCUCGAAAAACCAAAACCAAACCAAACCAAACAAAAAACAAAAACAAAAAACAAACAAACAAAAAGAACCUGAACAGCCAACACUGAAGGGCAUCCUAGAAUAUCUAAUCUGCCCUCCUUCAAAGAAAGACCUGGAUUCUGGCAGGAGCCACCCAGGCGGGAUGAAAGCAGAGUGUGCGGAGCCCUGGAGCACAGAGGGCUCCGCACACUGUUUCCCCAAGUCACUGUUUCCCCAAGUCAGCAUUCUCUGCCCCCCACCCCCUCAGAGACUGCACACAGUACUCCCCUUGUGAGGUAGCAGAUUAACUCAUCCUCUAUCCCAAUGAAUCUCUCGGCACUCUACGCACCCACCCGUGUCUGGAUCCAGCUCACCCCCAUGUUAGGACUUGCCUCCUUCUCCAUCCUUCCCUCACACUCCAGUUAGCUGGGUAGAGACUCCACUUCACACUUCCUCCAGCCCAUCCUAGACAUGGCUCCCUAACCAGAGACCCUGCCAGCCAGUGGACUUCCCAUGGAGAUCAAAUCACACAUGACCCAGUAGAGCAGGGCAUGCUGGACGCCUUGUGCGGAGGCCAUGACACUGGACAUGUCUUGCUCCUCCUCUUGUCUCUUCUGUUCGCUCAUUAUCUGCUUCUACUCUACCACCAAGUUCAACUUCAACAUAAAAUACCCGAGUCUUAGCAGAUCUGAGCUUGGGGGUGGGUAAAGCUGAGCCCAUGAGAAAGGUUUUCCCAGUGAAUAAAGGACCUGCCAUUCUGUCCUGCCUGGUGGCUAGACAGAAGUGCCACUUUGAAGAGGCAGCAGCGCCUAUGACCCCUAGACAAAGGUUUGUGUAAGUUAGGAGAAAGGAAAAAAGAAAAGAUUAUAUUGGCAGAUGUGCACAGCCCCAUCCCGAGACCUCCAUCGGUGUUGGAGGGAGGGGGAAGUGGGCCUUUGGGAUAUAUACACAUGGAUAUAUAUAUGUAUAUAUAUGUGUGUGUUCUUGAGUAUGCUUAAGCUUCCAGGGAGAACCAUUGCAAGGAACACCUAGGCUUGGCCCAGAAGCCCCAGAUGUGUCUUAUCUACCUGAGUCCCUUCUGCCAACACGGACUUAGUCAUUGCUGAUUUUCUGUCCCCCAUCUGAUCUCCACUGACUCUUCUGUUAAUAACAAAUCAAUAAAGCCAGCGCCCUCUGCUUCCAGGUAGCGGGGAGGGUGUGUGCUUCUGGGUAAGGUUUCCUGCCAGAGAGCUGGCAGCCUCAGUUUCCUCUUCAUUCUGAUCCUCUCAAGGCAUUCACAUUUGGAAUUAAGUCAGACAUUCCCCACCCCACCCCCAGCACAGCCCUGGUUUCUACAUCCGCAGGCCAAUCUGCGGCCAGCACCAAGGACAGCAGCCAAGACCCCUGCUGGAGAGGCAUGGAGCAAGGUUUCCUGUGUUCCAGGGUAGGUGGGCUGUUAGAAGACACCCACUGUUUCCAAGCCUCCCAAGAGGAGGCAAAGCAGAAACUGUUGGUCCAUCAGAGGACCAAUAGUAAGAAAGCCCUCUGGGUCUGACUUUAGCAAUGUAUGAAGGAAUUUUUUAAUUGCUCAUGAAUGGUUCACUUAAAAAAAAGACACCGUCAUUCAUAUUAACACCCAGCCUCCCUCCUGGCUUCAGGAGGAAGGGAAUCAAGCUUCAAGCUGACCCACAUAGUUCUUUUGGUGGUAGGGGAGUUAGCCCCAGGACCACAUGCACACCACUAACCCACACCCCCAGCCCUUAGACCCACAUUCCCCAAAUCCUUUCUAUAAUAAAUAAGAGUUCUUACGCCUCUCUCUCUCAGUAAUACCAUUAGCCGGGCACACCUGGAUCAAACCUGUGAUCCUAAACUGCCACAGAAAAUGUCUCAAUUGGGGUUAAAGUCAUAACACUGAGGGAGGAGGCUCUGUCCCCAUCACCCUAAUUGAGUCCAUGUUGGUCUCCCACCAUUCCUCUGGGGGAACACAGUACCUGAAGGAAAGGGCUGUUCUCAGACAGGCUGUGCAGUCCCAGCUGCCCCUCCACCCCAGGUCCGGUGUUUGGAGGGUCAGAAGGGUUCUCGAUCCUACAACGGCCACUGUCCUACACAGUUGCAGUAUCGACUUCCUCUUUUGCUUCUCUACUUUGUCUCUCAAAAACACCAAAGUUCUGUGCCGCUUCUGACAGAAACCACAUUUCAGAACUUGCUCUAUCACCUACUGUCUAAAGUAAUUGGUGGCAACUAGUCCGGAACCCUUUAUACACCCGUCAGUUUUCUCUGUCAUAGUAUUCAACCUGUCUCCCAUUUAUCCUCGAGUCUGUGAGGUAGACAGGAAGAAAAAAGCUCAGAUUUUUCUUUUCUAAAUCAUAAAACUCACAGGUGACAAGCCCACACCCCGUCCUCAGCUACCUCUGAGCACUGACACCUAGCAGCCAAGGUGAGUCACUCACCAGCAAGCAGGGGGGCGGGAGGGGUCCCUCUUCCAACUCCAUACGCACCUCUGGGAAGUGCAACCCAACCCGUGCUGAGGAGCCCCCCCCCAUACCCUCCAUCCCUGCAGAAGAGCCCCA